AUGGACUUUGGAAUAUCUUCGAUUCUAGCCAAGGAAGCUGAUUCCCAGGCCCAAAGCCCCCUUUUUCAGCUAGCCCCCGAAAUCCGCAACCUCAUCUAUGCCACGAGUGGUAGCGGGGGUGACGACGCAAACUACCGCACAGAUGAGGAAUAUGAACCAGGCUCGGGAGAGGAUUCCUCUAGCCUAGCGUCUGACGAGGAGGAGGAGGAAGAUCCGGAGUACGAUCCAGAGAACUGGGGCGACUUUAACAACAAUAUCCAAGCGGCUGACUUUAUAGAGAGGGGAGAAGACCCCGAAGUAUACCGGGCCUCGGACGUGGAGAGGCCCGGCGGCGGCCACUCGUCAAGGAUACACACCUCUUUCCUGCGGACCUGCCGCCGCGCGUACGCGGAAGCCCACCACCAAGUCCCCGACAACGUCGUGUGGCGGGCCUGGUAUUGCCGAGGACCCGUCCUCACCGCAGAGCAGCAGCGGAACCGCGAGCACCCGCACCACGUGCAAUGCCUGAAGCAGGCGCGCAGGAUCCACUUCUACAUGUACAUGUUUUGGGUCGAGAAACAGCUCUGCCGCGAGCUUGAGAUGAACCCGCAUUCGCCCCCGCAGCCCCUACCGCAGUCCAACCCCUGUUUGCGCGCGUGGAACAGUUUCGCCUUACCGUCCGUGGCCGGUUCUGGUUCAGCAGUCCCCCAAAACCUGUGGUUGGACCCUUUUGACUGCGAUAUUCAGUCGAAUCCGUCCCUCUUCCUGGCCCGCAGCGCCGAGUUUGGCUACGAUGCCGCGCCGGAACGACCCGACUAUGACUGGGCGCCGCCCUUCCCGUUUAAGCGUUUGGCGUGGGGACUUUCGUUUCUGCACAUGCCGAACCUCAAGGUUCUGACCGUCGACUUGGAGAUAAGCGAGGAUGAAAGGGCGGAGAUGGAGAUUAUUGCCGACUGGGCCGCCCGCACCUGGCGGUUUCCCCUGGGGCCCCGGGCGGAUGGGUGCACCUACCUCUCGACCCAGGGCAACCCGGUCCAGAGGAUGACCGUGGAGCUUUGA